GUUUCCUCUCUCUUAGUCAUCUCUCUCUUGUCAUCUCUCUCUCUUCCCCGACACUCUUCCUCACUCACACACACUGAGCUUUCUCUCUCUUACCACAGGACAGCCUCUCUCUACUUUCUCCUUCCCACACACCCACACAGAAACGGACACCCACACUCUUCUCCAGCAAGCCUGUAAGAUCAAUUUACGUUUGCUAAAAACCCUAACUAGAGCUCAGAUCUACCAACAUUUCACGACACAUUUACGCACAGCUAUGCACUUGUAGAGCAAAAUGGCUAGCACCGAUCCAACUAAGCGGCCACGACCCGGGCCAUGGCCCCCGGCGCCGGAAUCCACUGGAAUGCCACCGUCCUCAUGGGCGAAACGCACCGGCUUCCGGCCCAAGUUCUCCGGCGAGACCAAUGCUAGUGAUUCGGGUCAGAUUUUGUCCCAACCCAAGCCAAAAGAUCCCGGCACUAAUUUGGAUCUCGAAGCGGGCCGUGCUCGGAUUAGUCCGGCGGUGAACGGUGAGAAAGCGUCGCCUGCUGCUGCGGCGGCGGCGGAGAAAGAGCGGACGGUGAAGAAGAGGAGGGAAUCGGAUGGUGGUGGCGGAGCGGUGGCUAAGACUACCAAUGGGCAGGCUGCGGCUGCCGCUGAGCCGGUGGUGGUACCGCCACAGAGUCGGAGGCUGUCGAGGAAUGAAGAGAUGGUGGAUGUGUUGCCUCAGACAGUAGAUGAUGAUGGGUUUGGGUCUAGGCAUUCACGUAUGAAGUAUGAGCUUAGAGAUUCACCUGGCCUUGUUCCUAUUGGUUUAUAUGGAUUUCAACAUUAUCUUUCGAUGUUGGGCUCCUUGAUUCUUGUGCCGCUUGUGAUUGUUCCGGCAAUGGGUGGCACAUAUGAGGAUACGUCAAGGGUGGUUUCCACUGUGCUUUUUGUGUCUGGAGUGACUACCCUUUUGCAUACGUCCUUCGGAACAAGGUUACCCUUGAUACAGGGUCCAUCAAUUGUUUUUCUUGCCCCUGUGCUUGCCAUAAUUAACUCUCCUGAGUUUUUGGGACUGAAUGGAAAUAAUUUCAAGCAUGUUAUGAAAGAGCUGCAGGGGGCUAUAAUCAUUGCUUCAGCUUUUCAAGCAAUACUGGGGUAUAGUGGAUUGAUGUCAGUAUUUUUGAGGUUGAUUAAUCCAGUGGUUGUGGCCCCAACUAUUGCUGCCGUAGGACUUGCUUUCUAUGGUUAUGGUUUCCCACAAGUUGGUACAUGUCUUGAAAUUGGGGCUGUGCAGAUAUUACUUGUUAUUGUAUUUUCUCUUUACCUUCGCAAAAUAUCCAUUUUUGGUCAUCGCAUAUUUCUAAUAUAUGCGGUCCCGUUGGGUCUGGCCAUCACAUGGGCUGCUGCAUUCCUUCUGACUGAAGCAGGAGCCUAUAGCUACAAAGGUUGUGAUCCAAAUGUACCGGCCUCGAAUGUAAUAUCUGAGCACUGCAGAAAGCAUGUUACCAGGAUGAAGCAUUGUCGAGUUGAUACGUCUCAUGCAAUAAAAAAUUCUCCUUGGCUUCGAUUUCCUUAUCCCCUACAGUGGGGUAUCCCUGUUUUCAACUGGAAAAUAGCCCUUGUAAUGUGUGUGGUGUCCUUAAUAUCAUCGGUGGAUUCUGUUGGCUCGUACCAUGCUUCAUCUUUGUUGGUGGCAUCCAGACCUCCUACUCCAGGUGUUGUAAGUCGAGGGAUUGGUCUUGAGGGUCUUUCUGGCAUCUUGGCUGGUCUUUGGGGUACAGGAACUGGGUCAACAACCCUAACGGAAAAUGUGCACACUAUUGCCGUUACUAAAAUGGGAAGUCGCAGAGCAAUGGAGUUGGGUGCCUGUGUUCUGAUUGUCUUAUCUGUUGUAGGUAAAGUUGGAGGAUUCAUUGCCUCGAUUCCUAAAGUCAUGGUUGCAGCUCUAUUGUGCUUUAUGUGGGCUAUGUUGGCAGCUUUGGGCUUGUCAAAUCUACGAUACAGUGAGGCUGGAAGCUCCAGGAACAUUAUCAUAGUUGGUUUGUCUUUGUUUUUCUCCCUUUCAGUACCAGCUUACUUUCAGCAAUAUGGUCUCUCUCCAAAUUCAAACCUGUCUGUCCCGAGUUAUUUUCAGCCAUACAUUGUGGCCUCUCACGGUCCUUUCCGCACCACCAAUGGAGGGUUAAAUUAUGUUAUGAACACGUUGCUGUCACUUCACAUGGUGAUAGCGUUCCUAGUAGCCGUAAUUCUUGACAACACUGUACCAGGCAGUCGGCAGGAGCGAGGUGUAUACGUGUGGUCCGAACCUGAGACUGCUAGAAGAGAGCCUGCUGUCGCUAAAGAUUACCAGUUGCCUUUCAGAGUUGGUCGAGUAUUCAGAUGGGUGAAAUGGGUUGGGCUCUGAGAGUCAAAAUCAAGGUCUUCAAUUGUAGUAGCUGUAAUCAAAUUCUUGAAGCUCAUCAACCUCCAUUUCUAGGAGGAACGAUUUGCGUUGUGGUUCAAAAUCAAGGUUCUUGGAUCUUGUAUGGUAAAUGGCAGUCUUGUAUAAUUUUUUCCCUUACAUCAUGGGACUUGUCGAGGAUAUUUCUAUAGAGGGUAAGUUAUCUUUGUACAUUGGAGGAUAUGGGGGAUGUAGUUUCUGUUGUAGUGUCAAACUGUAAACCCUGUAUGUAGUUGAGUCAUUGAAUAUGUCCACAAGGACUUCUUUCUUGUGUGUUGCAGGUGGAAAACUGCAUGAGUUUACUAAUAUGAUGCAUAUGGGAAAUACAACACACCCCAAGAGAAUCCAAUCUAA